AUGAGAGAAGCUGCAGUGUGCAGACCGGUUGGUGCCAUGCAGAAAUCCGAGUGUUCUCAGACCCUGUGGACAUUCAACUGCGUAAGACACGCCUUUCACAUCCACUUAAUGGAGAUAGACGAAGAGGACUGCGAUAGGCACACCAAUCCCGUCGAGCCAUCGGUGAAAUCCGCGGAACAAGCUAACAACCGGAGUGUGAGUGAAUGGCUGGAGCGCUCUGGGAGUGUUGGGCCAUCGGGAAAUGGUGGAGUCGAAGACGAGCUCGGUAACCUGGACACUGGUGUUUCACGGGCUGCAAUCGCUGAACAAGAUGGCAUUCAGCGGUUAACUACGGCCAUUACUGGAGCACUGGACACCGUAAGAGAAGGUGCAUCAACUGGGGUGACAACACGCCACCUGGUUAGUCGAUUAUCAUCGGGGAAAGAUCGACCGACUUUUAGUGGAGAUGUACUGGAGUGGCCCGCUUUUAAACGCGCCUUUAAUCUGACCACCGAGAGAGGUGGAUACACCGAGGAGGAAAACAUGGCCCGACUAUAUGGUUGCCUCCGAGGGACAGCAAGGGAAGCAGUCGCGUCUUUAAUGAUCACAACAAGUACGACAAAAGAGAUCAUGGAUAUCCUGCAGCUGCGAUUCGGCAAUCCGGACUUAGUAGCGCAAAAAAUUCUGCGGGAUAUAAAACGACUCCCAAAAAUCGACAUAAAUCUAGGUAACCUCGUGAUAUUUGCCACCAAAGUGCGAAACUACGUGGCGGCAAUGGAGUCAGUCAACCACGUUGGAUACCUACACAGUUCAGAAUUGGGAGCACAGAUUCUGGAUAAGAUGCCUCCAACAUUGAUCCAUCAAUAUACUCGCUAUGUUGAUCAGAAUCGGGAUUCACAGGAGCCACGGCUGGUGAGUCUGUCAAGAUUCCUGUUCAACGAGGCUGAACUCGUGUGCCGGGCGGGUGUUCGAAGAGUCCAUGAGUCUCGGCCCCGCCUCGAGAACGGACGCAGGGAGGACUCUUGGGGCUCAAGGCGUGCUGCCAUCCGUGGCCGUCAGAGUGCAGCCUUCACUACUAUUAGUAGAGACAAGGCCGAGGGAUCUCAGCAACUACGAAACGAAAAAACGAAAGAGCAAACUGGCAAAUGUAGUUUCUGUGAUAAUCCGCGACAUCAGGAGGGCAUCGACGCCAAAAAUGUAAGUCCAAGAAGUGUGAGCACCCGGGAUGCAAUGCACACCUUGCUGCACCGAGCGGGUCGGCCUAACAAGCGAACCGACACUGCCAGGCAGGAAGCUGAUACGGAGAGUGCCGAACCUGAAGUGACGGCCAACACUUGGCCAAAAGGAGAGAAAAAGAUCCUACUUAAAAUCCUGCCGUUCCAGCUAUGCGGACCCCGCGGUGACGUCACUACCUACGCGCUGGUGGACGAGGGUUCAACGGUAACUCUGGUGGACGCUGAUCUCGCAGAAAAGAUUGAGGCAGAUGGACCACUAGCUGCGCUGUCCCUGCAGGGCAUCAAGAACAUGGAAACGACAGACCGCGAAAGUAAGAAAGUAAACUUCGCAAUAGCAGGGAUGCCUGAUGGCCCUGCCCGUAAAAUAUCAGGAGCUCGUACCGUACGACAGCUGUCUCUCCCGUGCCAGUCUAUUUCGGAAAAGGUAUUGAGAAAGUUCGCCCAUUUGACCGAAUUGGUGGGUGAAUGCUGUUCCGACGUCGAUCCCAAGGUACUUCUUGGACAAGACAAUUGGGACCUAAUAGUUUCUCGCGAAAUUCGCGAAUCUGGACGCAAUGCACCAGUAGCCUCCCGCACAGAACUGGGGUGGGUCGUCCAUGGAUAUGCACCGACGAGGAGCGAACGUCGAAACGACCACCGCACUCUAGCACUGGAGGACCCUGAGAUCAACGGAACAAAUGACAUCGACACCGAUCGGACAAAAAAGGAUAUGGACCUUUACGCGCUGAUAAAAGCACACUUCGGUUUUGAGGGCAUGGGGAUAACUAUUCACAGCCGGAAACAUGUUGCGAUCCAGCGUGCCGAGAGUCUGUUAGCGGCCACAACACGCCAAAUUGAAGGGCGGUGGGAAACGGGACUGCUCUGGAAGGACGACGCUGUACAGCUCCCAAAUAAUCAUCACACGGCCUUAAACCGACUUAAAGUGCUGGAACACAGGAUGGACCGAGACCCAAAGUUCGGGAAAGCGUACGCGCGAGAGAUAAAGAAUCUGAAUGACAACGAUUAUGCAACCAAAGUAAUUGAUGCCAAAGAUGCAGGGCCAAGAACUUGGUACCUGCCCCAUUUUGGGGUAACAAACCCGAACAAGCCGGGAAAACUUGGGCUGGUGUUCGAUGCAGCAGCAAGGACACAGGGCGUGUCCCUUAACGAUAAAUUAUUAAGCGGACCAGAUCUACUAAACUCAUUGCUGGGAGUUCUUAUGCGCUUCAGGCAGCGGCGUGUGGCAUUCACGGGCGACAUCAAGGAGAUGUUCCUUCAGAUAAAAAUACGCCGAGAGGAUCGUAAUGCGCAGCGGUUCCUGUGGCGUGAUAUGCGGGGGCAACAACCAACAACAUACCAGAUGACGUCAAUGAUAUUUGGAGCGACGUCGUCUCCGUGUUCAGCUCAAUAUGUAAAGAACAGGAAUGCGCAAGCAUUCGAAGCAAUAUUCCCAUCAUCUUGUAGUGCGAUAGUCCAUAAACAUUAUAUGGAUGACUACUUAGACAGCGUGGACACGGAUGAAGAGGCUAUUCGCCUUAUUCGCGAGGUCACCGAAGUUCACAAACAUGGGGGCUUCGAAAUACGCGGAUGGUCUUGUAACAGUAAACGAGUGUUGGAGAGCUUGACUGUGGACAAGGCGACGACUGGAACCGUGAGUCUCACGUUAGAUGAGCAUUCUGUGGACCGAACACUUGGGGUCAUCUGA